AGUCAAUCAAAAAAAGUAUAAAUCUAAUUGACACAAUACAAUUCAAAUUUUACAGCAUAAAUUGUACAAUUUGAAGUGAACUGACGUCCGAACGUCUGCAAUCAAGGAGUUGUGCAUCUCUGUGAGCAUCUUAUUCUUCUUCUUCUUAUAUAGUUAAGAAUUGCACGUCUAAAUUUAAUAAGACGCCAAGGAAAUUAAACAGACAUUUCAAAUAACAAAUAAUCAAAAACAUGGCCGAAUUCUCAGUGGAACGUGUGGAGGAUAAGCGAAUGGUAAAUGGGCGCGCGGAGUACUAUCUAAAAUGGAAGGGCUAUCCACGCAGCGAAAAUACUUGGGAGCCGGUUGAGAAUCUCGACUGUCCCAAUUUGAUUGCGAACUUCGAGGAGUCGCUAAAGAACAACAAAAAGGAGGCCAAAAAGCGCCCGUCCACAUCCUCCGCACCGGAUUCGAUUCGCGGCAAGCGAAAGAGCUUUCUGGAGGACGACAACGAGGAGCAGAAGAAGCUGAUCGGCUUUGAGCGCGGUUUGGAGCCCUCGAAAAUUCUAGGCGCCACCGAUGCGUCGGGCCAUCUAGUGUUCCUGAUGAAGUGGAAGGGCAGCGACCACGCGGACCUGGUGCCCGCCAAGCUAGCCAACAUCCGCUGUCCCCAGGUUGUCAUCCAAUUCUACGAGGAGCGCCUCACCUGGCACACGGGCUGUGGCAACGGGAACAACGAUAACUCCGGCAAUAUGGGCUCCUCCGGCGGCAUGGGCUCUAGCAGUGCCGCCGGAGACGAUACAGCUCCAGGCAGCGUAGGCACUACCGGCGGCGGCAGCAAUGCCGAUGGCGGGGACGAUGAUGAACAGGAGCAGGAAGCAGAACCGGCCAGUCCAAACGGCAGCAUCAACCAGGACGAGAACGCCAAACCUGAGGAGAGCAGCGAGCUGGACAACAACGGCCAGCCGGAUGCUGAUGACUAAUAGGGAGGAUUUAGCAGCUUUUGUAGAUGCGUACAGGACACAUCUACAAAACCAUACGAUAUAUACAUAUAUGGUAGCGUAGCUCUUGAGUUAACAGUAUAUUUUACUGACGUUCUGGCGGAAAACCGCAUUAGAAUAUAAGUUUUUUUUUUCUGUUUUAUAAAACGCAGUGUAAAAUACAAUUGUCCUGGCGUACAUGUUCCGUACGUGUACAUACAUAUGUUAAAAAAAGGACGAAACCGAGAAGCGGCCAAGGGAUCUUGGGAUCCUGACUAAGCCGAAAAACAUGUUUUGACCACUGUAAAAUAAUAAAAUUUAAAUAUUUUAAACAGAAAUUAAAAAUAUAUUCCUGUUGAAGUAAAAGACGCCAUCUGUGGUGCACGCCUGGCUACCUUUUUUCUAGGAUUUCUGAUUAUAUGAAUGUGAGGUUAUUUAUCCUUAAUUCACCCUUAAUUUAAAUCUCAUUAAACAAUAAUGAAAAAUGUAACAUUUUGUAAAUGGUUAAUAUACAAAUUUAUGUAUCUAAAAAUAAAAAG